AUGACGGAACGCCAGUCAACAACCACCACCGCGGCCAGCGAAGAUAUCGAUCGAGACGUCAUCUCCCAGCGACACCAGUGCGACUCCUCGCUCUUGCACCUGCCAGCAGAACUGCGCAAUCACAUCUGGGAUUGUAUCUUUUCCGGAAUUACCUUCCACGUUUCGGACCCUGAUCAACGCAUCUACGAUCCUAUCAAGUUGUUUUACGUAGAACGAUACAUUGGAACGCUGACCCCAGGUCUGGUAUACGUCUGUCGGCAAAUCUACGGAGAGACUAGCUUCCAUCUUCUCCGCCACAGCACGUUCCGGAUGAUGAGUGUUUGCGCCUUCAUGAAGUUCUUGGGCCUAUUAAGCAACCAGCAGAGAAAUGCCAUCGAGGUCAUUAAUACACACACGGGAGCUCUCCAGGGUCUUUUUGGCAACGGACCGCCCAGGGAGAUCUACAAUAACUUACCGGAUUUCUGGACGUGGGUCACUGACGGCGCAUGGUCUGUCGACAUGUCGCUUCUCAAAUUCGCCCUGUUCGAAAAGCUGGGUGGGCUAAGAAGACUGGAGCUGCAGAUUUGGGGCUGCACUGACUUGAAGCCCAUCCGGGUUGCGAGGCGCAUCGUAAGGAUGGCGCUCAAACAGCUUGGUGCGCCUGACGGCAUUCGCCUGAGACUCCAGGUGGAGAGGUUGAAUUGGCAGAGUCCAAAUCGUAGAAGUAGAUCAUAG